AAUCAGGGCGAAGUCUCGCUUGUUGCCACAAGGAAAAAAAAAAAGAGAGAGAAGAAAUCCCAAAACACAAAGUUGAGAGGAUCGCCGACCGCAGGGGUAGGGGGGUUAAGGCCGGCCCACCUGUUUCGCGACUGAAAAACCGGGGUUGCUGCCCGUCAUGAAGGAGGACAAGGAGAACGCCCGGCCGAAGGAGAGGAAAGCGGAGCUGAGGUGCGAGGAGCCCGAGAGGGCGGAGAAGCCGAGCAGGGAGAAGAAGGAGAUGAUGACAAAGAUCGUCCUUCGCCGACUCCCUCCCAGCCUGACCAAGGAGCAGCUGGAGGAGCAGCUGCAGCCCCUGCCGGAGGUGGAUUACCUGGAGUUCUUCGCCAACGACACCAGUUUGUUUCCCCACCUUUUCUCAAGAGCCUACAUCAAUUUCAAGAACCAAGAAGACAUUAUGCUUUUCAGGGACCGGUUUGAUGGUUAUGUUUUCAUUGAUAACAAAGGUCAGGAGUACCCAGCAAUUGUUGAGUUUGCACCUUUUCAGAAGAUUGCCAAAAAGAAAUCUAAGAAAAAGGACGCUAAGGCUGGUACAAUUGAAGAAGAUUCGGACUACAGGAAGUUCUUGGAGCAUUACAACGGAGAUGAGGAAAAGCUGACAUCUACACCGGAGACGCUGCUGGAAGAAAUAGAGGCCAAGACGAAAGAGUUAGUAGCUAAGAAGACGACUCCGCUCUUGGAUUUCCUGAAGAACAAGCAGAGAAUGAGGGAGGAGAAGAGGGAGGAGAGGAGGAGGAGGGAGCUGGAGCGCAAGCGCCUGCGUGACGAAGAGCGCCGGAAGUGGAGGGAGGAGGACAGGAGGAAGCGCAAGGAGGUGGAGAGGCACAAGAAGGGGGACAAGAGCUACGACAAGGAGCGGGACAAGUCCAAGGAGGAGCCGAAGAUCAAGCUCCUGAGGAAGCCGGAAAAGGGGGAUGAUGCAGACCUGGAGAAGCCAAAGGAGAAGGUGAAGAAAUCGGAGAAGGAGAAGAUAAAGGAGGACCGGUCGUCUUUGUCUGGGGGUGACCUUAAAAAGCGCCCCAACGUCGGGGUGCACGAGGACAGAGGAAGAAAGUCGGAGGAGGACGGCCGCAGGGACUACCGGGACCGGGACCUGGACAGGGAGCGGGAGCGCAGGCAGCGGGAGAAGGAGCGCCUGCGGCGGCAGGACGAGGAGCGCCGGCGGAGGAGGGACCGGCAGGAGGCGGAGCCCGGGUACCGGCGCUGGGAGGAGGAGGGCAGGAGGGAGAAGGACCACGCCUGGGAGAAGAGGAGGGCCGAGAGCGCGGCCGCCCGGGAGGACAAGAAGGACGAGCCCGCGAAGAGAGACCGGCUGCGCAACAAGGACCGGCCCGCGAUCCAGCUGUACCAGCCUGGUGCCAGGAGCCGCACCCGCGUGGCCACGACUGGGGACGCGCCGGCCGAAACCGACGCCAGGACCGCCCAGGAGAAGGGGGAAGAGUGAGGGCCCGACUGCGCAGGGGGGCGGAGGGGCAGUGCAGCCCGCGGCCCGGCCUCAGCAGAUCCGCUCCUCCCCUCCCACCGCCGGGGGACGGCGGGGCAGCGUUGCUUUUCAGUCCGGUUGCCUUCUAGUGCCUGAAUGAGACGCUUUAGUUUUGUUUGAGGGAAGAGGGGGGAAAAAAAAGAAAGAGGGGGGGGCGCGAGGCUCCCCGAAUGUUAAACGAGCUCAGCCAGGGCACAGUACGAAAAGCCAAAGCACGCAGGACCAAGCGAACCUGAAGUGACCUUACAGAGGCACAGAGCCCUACAUGCUGCCCCGUGCAGCAGCAGCAGCAGCACGCGGCUCUCGCGCUGUGUUCAGAAGGCUUGCACCCUUUAAUAGUUUGCAGCUGUCGCAUACACACCCAAAACCCGAGAAUAUCAACAUACUGCCUAGAACAUCCUACUUUCUUACCGGGACUUGUGUUCUUAAUUCAUUCUUUGCAGAACAGCAUCUAGUGUCCAUUGCAUUGUGUUUUUUUUUUCCGAAGCCUGGAUUAUUAUAAUUACGUUUCGGAGUAAUGUUGUUUGUUGUUCAUCAUUUCUAAAACCUGCGCUGAACAAUUCUGCCGUUCAGUUCACUUGUUAUAUUUUGGUUCCAAAUAAAUCUUCUUAAGAUGGCCUAAUGUAUUUCCUCCCAUUUUCAGUUUUUACACUGAGAUUCGUUUAGCCAGAGCUGCUGUGAAAACGCACUUUGUGUUCAGCCAGCACCCAGUUGCUCUUCAUGGCGACUGUGGGCAAUACAGCUUCUAUCUCCUAGUGGCCUUCCACAUUUCUGCAUGUGAGGCGUGUUCAUCCCCUGAAUGUGAUCAUCUCCCUCAAUAAAGCUGUUCUGUGGAGAUCAA